AUGGUCAUUAUUGGCAGGCAUGUAUUAACUGAGGUGAUUUGUGUCGUACAGAACAGAGAUAACUACAUCCGCUCUUGUAAAUUGCUGCCUGAUGGAUGCACCCUAAUAGUUGGUGGGGAAGCCAGCACAUUAUCCAUAUGGGACCUGGCAGCACCAACUCCUCGUAUAAAAGCAGAGCUGACAUCCUCAGCCCCUGCCUGCUACGCUCUCGCUAUCAGCCCUGAUUCCAAGGUCUGCUUUUCCUGCUGCAGUGAUGGAAACAUCGCAGUGUGGGAUCUGCACAAUCAGACGUUGGUCAGGCAAUUCCAGGGCCACACAGACGGAGCCAGCUGUAUUGACAUUUCUAAUGAUGGUACCAAGCUCUGGACAGGAGGUUUGGAUAACACUGUCAGAUCCUGGGACUUGAGAGAGGGGAGACAGCUACAACAGCAUGACUUCACAUCGCAGAUAUUUUCCCUUGGUUAUUGUCCUACUGGUGAAUGGCUAGCUGUGGGAAUGGAGAGCAGCAAUGUAGAAGUGCUACAUGUAAAUAAACCAGACAAAUAUCAACUGCACCUUCAUGAGAGUUGCGUAUUGUCACUCAAGUUUGCUUACUGUGGUAAAUGGUUUGUGAGUACUGGGAAAGAUAACCUUCUUAAUGCAUGGAGGACUCCUUACGGAGCCAGUAUCUUCCAGUCCAAAGAAUCUUCGUCAGUGCUUAGCUGUGACAUCUCUGUGGAUGAUAAGUACAUAGUCACUGGCUCUGGAGACAAAAAGGCUACAGUCUAUGAAGUUAUCUACUGAAAAAUAUGAUGGGGAUAUAACUUUUAGAAGUUGAACUGGGCCAAAAUUGUUCUUAAUUGUAGAAGUAGAAAGGUUUUGCCUUUUAAAAAGGAACAAAAGUAUUGAGGUUCCAGACCUUUCCAUGAAACUACUCACGAUUUUUCAAAAUAGAAGGCAACAUCCAGCAACUAAAUAUUGGCUACGUGGACCAAACAGAACACAGAGGCAAGAUGGACAGAUGUAGCCUAGGUUUUUGACAUAGUUUUAAAAGCUGAGUCUACUGAAGAAUGUUGGAGCCUUUUAUUUUUUUUCUUUCUUUGUGACCUCAUGCAAAUUGUUCUCAUUGCCUGAAUAUGGGGGAUAAAUACCUUUCUGUUCCUUGGAGUUCAAGUUGCAUUCUGUCCUGUGUAGAGCAGUGGUGUCUCAGAUGAACUUAUUUCCUGGUUUUGCAUCUUGUGAUAUGUUUUUGUAUUUUUGUUCAAGGUCAAACAUUUGUAUAAAUUGUAAAUAUCUUUAGUUUUAUUACAGUAAAGGCUUUAGUAUCAACAA